AUGACUGGAAGUAAUCAUCAGAUCCGCCGAGUGGCUGUGAUCGGCGCCGGAAUCAGUGGCGUUGUCUCCGCAGGCCAUCUUUUGGCCGCGGGUCUGGAAGUCACAGUGUUUGAGAGGAAUAAAGCUCCUGGUGGUGUAUGGCUUUACGAUGAACGCCGGCCACUCGAGCCUAAUUAUCCUUCAAUCAAGCCAUCAGAGGCCGAUACAACAGGGAAACGGUCUAACGAUGAUGAAAACGAAGUAGUGUUGGAGCAUGCUCCUCCGGGCCCAUGCUACGAAGGACUCAAGAACAACGUCUCCACGCCGUUGAUGCGAGUCAAGCUCAAUGCUUGGCCCGAAGGAACACCGGAUUUCGUCAGUCAUACGGUGAUGCAAGCGUAUAUCCGAGAUACAGCGGAGAAAGCAGGCGUCCACGACGUGACGAUCUACGGGGCGCGGGUGAAAAACGUCUCGAAGGAGGGAGAGACAUGGUCCGUGACAUGGUCGAUUCUGCGCGAAUAUGACCAGACGGGGAGAGUUGAGGUGGAACAGAUAUCAACGUUCGAUUCGGUGAUUGUCGCGUCCGGACAUUAUCAUGCUGCUCGGGUGCCCGAUAUAGCCGGUUUGUCGGAGGCCAAGUCGAAAUGGCCGUCGCGGAUCAUACAUUCCAAGGGAUAUAGGAGACCGGAUGAAUUCAAGGACAAGAAUAUUCUACUCAUUGGUGGAGGUGUCUCUUCGGUCGACAUAUCGCGAGAAAUUGGUGCCGUCUCUAAGAAUGUCUACCAGAGCACCCGAAACGGCGAGUUCGACCUCUCUCCCACAAUGCUUCCUGAAAACGGAGUUCGAAUCAGCGAGGUGUCACACUUUGAGAUACAAGAUGACGGCCAGGGACUAUCGGAGAACGAUCCUUUGCCCAUCGUAGCACACCUCAAGUCUGGACAGAGACUUUGUGGACUCGACGGUAUCAUCAUCUGCACUGGCUAUCAUAUCACCCUCCCCUUCCUGCCCAAAUACCACAACGACGAAAUAUCCCCGGAGAAGGCCGACGACCGCAUCUUGGUCACAGACGGGACACAAGUGCAUAACCUGCACAAAGAUAUCUUCUACAUUCCCGACCCGACGUUGAUAUUCGUCGGGAUCCCAUAUUAUACUGCGACGUUCACGUUGUUUGAAUUCCAAGCAAUUGUCGUGACCGCAGUUCUAUCCGGAAUCGCGCAACUACCAACAGAGGCAGACAUGAGAAGUGAAUACACCGAGCGCGUGAAUCGCAUCGGAGCCGGAAGAAAGUUCCACUCGCUAAAAGACAUCGAGGAGCUUUACGUCGAAGACAUCCUAGGCUGGGUGAACCGUAAUCGGGAAAGCCAGGGACUUCCAGUAAUCGAAGGACACACGCCGACCUGGCACGAAGCGAAGGCCGCGCAGCGAGAACGGAUCAAAAACCUUUUCCAAGGGACCACGGAAAGACGAGAUAGCGGGAUCGGAGAGCUUCCGGUACUAGAAGUCUGUAGUUAG